AUGGCAGAGAUACGAAAAAAGCUGGUCGUAGUAGGUGACGGCGCGUGUGGAAAGACCUGCUUGCUGAUUGUGUUCAGUAAAGACGAGUUUCCUGAGGUCUAUGUGCCUACUGUAUUUGACAACUAUGUGGCCGAUAUUGAAGUGGACACCAAGCAAGUUCAACUAGCACUGUGGGACACGGCUGGACAGGAGGACUACGACCGCCUUCGCCCGCUGUCCUAUCCGGACACUGAUGUCAUUCUGAUGUGCUUUUCCGUGGACAGCCCAGACUCCCUCGAAAACAUCCCAGAGAAAUGGGUGCCAGAGGUAAAGCACUUUUGUCCCAACGUGCCUAUUAUUUUAGUUGCUAACAAGAGAGACUUGCGCAACGACGAGAAUGUUAGGAGCGAGCUGUCCAGAAUGAAACAGGAACCAGUGAAAACCGAGGACGGGCGGGCCAUGGCCGGUGCGCAUUGGCGCGUAUGA